AUGACGGCGCAGACUGCGGACGAGCUCGCCACCCAGAUGGAGCAGCAGAAGCUCGAGGAGCAGAAGACCGAGGAUUUCCCCAUAUCUGAUGUAUCAUAUUUCUGUGUAUUUUUAGCCCUGUUAUUGACUUUUGUAUCAAUGUAUGAAGGACAAGAAGGGGAUGCCAGUGGCAAGUCAAAGCAAAGCAGGAGUGAGAAGAAGAGCCGCAAGGCCAUGCUGAAGCUUGGCAUGAAGUCCAUCACUGGUGUCAGCCGUGUCACUGUGAAGAAAAGCAAGAAUAUACUGUUUGUCAUCUCCAAGCCAGAUGUGUUCAAGAGCCCGAAUUCGGACACCUACGUCAUAUUCGGCGAGGCCAAGAUCGAGGACCUCAGCUCCCAGCUGCAGACCCAGGCCGCAGAACAGUUCAAGGCUCCUGACUUGAGCCAGAUGAUCUCGAGCCCAGAGACAUCUGGCCCGGGCCAGGAAGACAACGAGGAGGAGGUCGACGAAACUGGUGUUGAGGCCAAGGACAUUGAGCUGGUGAUGACCCAGGCGUCUGUUUCGAGGCCCAAGGCUAUCAAGGCCCUCAAGGCUUCUAACGGGGACAUUGUCACUGCCAUUAUGGAUCUGACAAAUUAG